GCAAAUCAAACAGCACCAAGCCAUUUUGCUGAAAUGUAAAUCUGCCUCAUUUGGGUAUCAAAGACUUGCCCCGCUCUGCACAUUUUGUUUAUCGAUAAAUACUUUGAUGGGGCUGCAGCGAAGAAGGAGGUUUACAGUGCGUCCAAAUGGGGAAGAUCACAUUUUUCGAGGACAAGAAGUUCCAGGGUCGCUGCUACAACUGCAGCAGCGACUGUGUCGACCUGCACACGUACUUCAACCGCUGCAACUCCAUCCGGGUGGAGAGCGGCGUGUGGGUGAUCUACGAGAGACCCAACUACAAGGGCUUCCAGUACAUCCUGAGCCCCGGGGAGUACAGCGACAACCAGCAAUGGAUGGCGUUCAGCGACAACGUCAAGUCCUGCCGUGCCAUACAGAACAUUUACAGCACUUCCUGGAAGCUGAGGCUGUACGAGAGGCCGGACUUCGGAGGGCAGAUGGUGGAGUGCGCUGAGGACUGCCCGUCGGUGUAUGACACCUACAAGCUGCGUGAGGCCUACUCCUGCAUGGUCACUGACGGCGCCUGGAUCUUCUACGACCUCCCCAACUACAGGGGACACCAGUACCUCCUGGAGCGAGGGGAGUACCCACAGCACGGAGACUGGGGGGCGUCCUCACCUGGUGUCGGCUCCUUCCGCAGGAUCACAGAAAUCGUUCUCCUGGGGAUGCGUUUCAUCGGCCCUGAUAUAAAAGUGGACCUGGGCCGAUGCAUCAGUGUGAAUGGGUGGAUUGAAUCUGAUUUGGGUGAAGACAAACAUAAGGUGAUUAUGGAGCGCACAGGGAAGAUCUUCUUCUAUGAGGACAAGAACUUUCAAGGUCGCUACUACGAGUGCAGCAGCGACUGUGCCGAGCUCAGCUCCCACUUGAGCCGCUGUAACUCCAUCCGGGUGGAGGGUGGGGCCUGGGUCGUCUAUGAGAGACCCCAGUUCAUGGGCUACCAGUACGUCCUCAUGAGGGGCGAAUACCCCACCUACCAGAGCUGGAAUGGUUUCAAUGACACCAUCCACUCCUGUCGCCUUAUACGAUAUCCUUCCAGCAGGCACAGGAUCCGCAUCUAUGAACGCCCAGACUUCAGCGGCCAGAUGUUAGAGUUCAGCGAAGACCUUCCCAACCUGAUGGACCGCUGGCGCUACCGGGACGUCCACUCGGCGCAGGUGCAGGAUGGCGUCUGGGUCUUCUACGAGCAUCCCAACUACAGGGGGCGCCAGUACCUGCUGGAGAAGGGCGAGUACAGGCGGCACGCAGAGUGGGGGGCCCUCCAUCCAUCUCUGGGCUCCAUUAGACGCGUUGUGGACUUUUAGACGCAGCUCCUUACUCCGUACUCCUCCUCUUCCACUCGUCCUCACCUGCAAAUAAAAGCACACACUGCAGCAGAA